GCUGCCUUUAGUGACGCGGUUUCAACCUAUCUGUAUCUGCGUCUGUGAUUGGCUGGCGUCUGUGACCUCAUGAGAGUCCCCUCCCACUCUCCAGCAGAGGACAGAGAAAACAUGGCGUCGUCCCUGAGAUCCUUCCUCCGGACAGGAAAGAAUGUCGUCUUAGUUCUUGGACGGCGGAGUUUCCACAGGAGUUCUCCCGCCGCGGCGCAGGUGACGGUCCGCGACGCCCUGAACCAAGCCUUGGACGAGGAGCUGGAGCGGGACGAGCGGGUGUUCCUGAUGGGAGAGGAGGUGGCCCAGUACGACGGAGCCUACAAGGUGAGCAGAGGGCUGUGGAAAAAGUAUGGAGACAAGCGCAUCAUUGACACUCCGAUCUCAGAGAUGGGCUUCGCCGGCAUCGCGGUGGGAUCUGCCAUGGCCGGUCUCAGACCCAUUUGUGAGUUCAUGACCUUCAACUUCUCCAUGCAAGCCAUCGACCAGGUCAUCAACUCUGCAGCAAAGACCUACUACAUGUCGGCCGGGCUGCAGCCGGUGCCCAUAGUUUUCAGGGGGCCCAACGGGGCCUCGGCCGGCGUGGCGGCGCAGCACUCGCAGUGCUUUGCUGCCUGGUACGCUCACUGUCCAGGUCUGAAGGUCGUCAGCCCCUGGAACUCUGAAGAUGCUAAAGGUCUCCUGAAAUCCGCCAUCAGAGACGACAACCCUGUUGUGUUUUUGGAGAACGAGCUAAUGUACGGGGUUCCCUUCGAGAUGUCGGAGGAGUCGCAGUCCAAAGACUUCACCAUUCCCAUCGGCAAGGCCAAGGUCGAAAGACAAGGCAGUCACGUCACCCUGGUGUCUCAUUCACGCUACGUCGGCCACUGCCUCGACGCCGCCGCCGUGCUCGCAAAGGAAGGAAUCGAGUGUGAGGUGAUCAACCUGCGGACCAUCCGCCCCAUGGACGUGGACAGCAUCGAGGCCAGCGUGAUGAAGACCAACCACCUGGUGACGGUGGAGGGCGGCUGGCCUCAGUUUGGAGUCGGAGCGGAGAUCUGCGCCCGGGUCAUGGAAGGUCCCGCCUUCAACUACCUGGACGCUCCGGUUACCAGGGUAACGGGUGUUGACAUCCCCAUGCCGUACGCCAAGACCCUGGAGGAGCACAGUGUUCCUCAGGUCAAAGACAUCAUCUUCUCUGUUAAGAAAACCCUCAACGUCUAAGACGCCCCACAGCGGGAAACGCUUCUCCAGAAAACCGUCGUUCCUCAAAGGUCUCUGCAGCUGAAACGGGGGAGGGGGGAUAUAAAUAUUUAUUGUGGGGAUUUUCGGAACAAAGUUGCAUCCUUAAAUCCUUUCCUGGAGUUUUCUCUUCACAGUGGAAUAAUAAACACGUCAAAUUAUAUGUAAAGAACUUUUUAUUGCCAGAAAUGGGAAAUAAACGUCUGAAACGAA